AUGAGUGUUGUAGAUUAUCUUCGAACUAAAAUCUUGGUCUACUGGUGGCAAUUAAUCCUCUUUGUCGUUAGUGCCAACUUAGCCGGCGUUAUACCAGCACUUUUUAGUGAUGUUGGUCGAGGGGGUUGGUAUGGACAACUGAAGAAACCAGGGUUCACUCCUCCGAACGCAGCAUUUACACCAGUAUGGACUUACUUAUAUUGUACGAUGGGGCUUGCAGCUUUCUUAGUUUGGCGUGAUGGAGAUGGAUUUACGGGGAAAGCAGGAUUAAGUUUAAGGGUGUACUUCUUUAAUUUGCUCUUAAAUUUGACGUGGACUCCGGUAUUUUUUAAUGGCAGAUCUCUGGAAGGAGGUGCAAUCAUAAUAAUAAUGCUUGUGGCCGUUGUUAUUACUCUCAUGUUCUUGUUUUGGAAGUUCAAUCGACUCUCUUCAUUGCUUCUAUUCCCUUACUUGAUAUGGUUAUCAAUUGCAACAUCGUUAAAUUUUACUCUCUAUGCAAUGAAUAGGUACGAUGAGUUCUAAUUUUUAAUAGGAUGCUUCUACAUUACUUGGUCCUUUUCCGUACCUGAAGACUGCACAAGGCAAAUUUUUAACGUAUGCUGUAUAGUAAUACGCUUAUGGUAAUAUUUAGUACUAAUAAAUGGUAGAAGUUUUUUUAUGAUU